CAGGGGCAGCACCCUCAUUGGCUAGCUGAGGCUUCCCCGGAGAAGACUGGCCGGCGCGGGGCGGCUGCGGAAGCCAAGCCUGAUACCGUUGCAAGCACCUUGCAGCUUCGGAAGAGUGGGGCGCUGUGUGUAGCUUGCGGCCUAGAUCGCUGAUCCCGGAGAAGCGUGCUAAGUCAAGAGACUUGUGCGCAAAACCUACGUCUGAGGCCAACUGCCUGUGCGACUCUGGACAAGUCACUCCGUGAGCCUCAGUUUCCUCACCUGUAAAACGAGAGGAUUGAAAAGGAAAUGGCCAACCGCUCUGGUAUCUUUGCCAAGAAAAGCCUGCGGACAGCAUGGUCUACAGGGUCUCAAAGAGUUGGACAUGAUUGAACAACAAUUUUUAGAAGACUCUGCUGCUCAAUCCCAGCCUUCAACGGCAUAGCCCAGUACAGUCCUGAUGACUCCAACUCAGACCCAGCCAGAAGAAAUGCUUGGUGUUGUGGUGGUUGGCGUUGGCAGGGCUGGAUCUGUGCGGAUUAGGGAUUUGCAGAGCCCCCAGCAUCAUCCCAGCCCUCUGAAACUGAUUGGAUUUGUAUCCAGGCGAGAACUUGGUAACAUUAAUGAGACGAAGCAAAUCUCUCUGCAAGAUGCUCUUUCCAGCACAGAAGUUGAUGUGGCCUACAUCUGCAGUGAGAACGUUGGCCACGAGACAUCUAUCAGGCAGUUUCUCGAUGCUGGCAAGCAUGUCCUCGUGGAAUAUCCAAUGACUUUGUCUUUGGCAUCAGCCCAGGAACUCUGGAAGAAAGCAGAGGAGAAAGGAAAAAUCCUACACGAAGAGCACAUUGAGCUCCUGACAGAAGAGUUUGCCUUCGUGAAAAAUGAAGUGCGUGGGAAAAAGCUGUUGGAAGGAACCCUUCACUUUACAGGUAGUCCCUUGGACAGAGAACGCUUUGGCUUUCUUGCAUUUAGUGGCAUUGCUCGCCUGUCCUGGCUGGUGAGUCUGUUUGGGGAGCUUGCCUUUGUUUCAGCCGCCAUGGAAGAACAGAAGGAGAAUCAAUAUCAGAAAAUGACUGUAAACUUGGAGACCGUGGACAAGAGGCCACUGACUUGGAUUGAAGAAAGAGCCUCUGGCCUGAAAUAUGAGCGGCGUAUUAAUUUCCUUUUUGAAUCUGGUCGCCUGGAAAGUAUCCCUCCUCGAACUCAAGGACAGAAAAAUAUUUUCCUGAGAGAUCAAGACAUAUUUGUCAGGAAACUUUUGGGUCAAAUGUCCACAGAAGAUCUGGCCAAGGAGAAGAAACACAGCCUGCACUGCCUGGGAAUCGCUGAUGAAAUCCAAAAGUACUGCCAACACCUUCAAUAAGAGGGGCCCUUGGGGCAUAUGCAGAGGGCAUAAUGUAACCCCUCCAAGAGUGGAUUUCAGAGUUCUUGGUAGUCUUAGAAAACAAUACUGGGGUAGUGGUUGUGGGUUUUAGUUUUUCCCAUUAAAAAGAUUUGCUUAGCGA